AUGGAAUCACAAAGCUACUCUCAAAGGGACUCAAGCAGGAUACCUAUCGACUCAUCAGACACUCAAUCGCAAGGCGAUGCAAAGUCACUUCUAUCACAAAAGACAGGAUUGAGUCAAGGACGUGCCUCUUCUACCAAUGAUCCACUCUCACCUGCCAAAGUAAUGCGUCAACUGGGAGCAUUCGAGAUGGAUACAGCAUCACAAGCAUCAUCCAUUGUACAAUCACAAUCUCAAAAACGCUUUUCACGUAUUGGUUCACGAUAUCAAGAAGACUUUUUGACCCGUCGAUCAAAGAUGGAUCCAAGUGCGAGGCUUGAAGAGUUUCGACAACGAUACCAAUUCUCUCGACCGAUGGCAAAUCGUGCGCCCAUAACUACAACAACGACAACGACAACGACGAAUCCUCCUCCUGAUUUCUCAUUUCGUCAUCGACGCGACUGGAGACAUAAUGACUUGGAGGAUUUUGAUGACCUCUUGACGAUCAAAUCAUACAGCACCGAUACCAACUUUAGUGCAUUCAACAGAGUCACUCAAAGCAGUCUACAACCCCAACCAUCACAGCAACCACAGCAGCAGAAGCAACAACAACGACAACGACAACAGCCACCAGCUAUUCGUGCUGACGAUGAUGAAGAUGAAGAUAUGGAUGACUUUGAGUACAGAGCUCCAGCACCUCUAGGAAGCGGUUUUAGUGUGCUUGAUGACGACGAAGAUGAUGAUAAUGGACCACCACACUCAUGGUAUCCUCCCGCUACAGCGUUAUACCAACAAUCCUCCCUCAAACGACGACGAUUAUCCCAUUCAAACGCUGAAGCCGACAUUGUUGAUGAUAUUGGAAUCCAAAAGAAUGAUACAAUGAUACCACCACCCGAUGUAACACAGCAAGAAAGACACCAUUUGAGUCAACAAUCAAAGGAGGAAUUGCAACAUGAAAGAAUACCAACACAAAGAACACGUUUCAUUACAAGCCAAAGAUCACAAACGCAUGAUGCUGAGAUACCCAAUCCACGAGAACAACAGCCAGCGGAUCCAUCGAAUGACUUGGUCGAGAAUUGGUUACAAAGCACCGAUAUCGUUGAAAAGGACAAAGCCAUCACUUCAUCUUUACAGGAGCAACAACAGCAAUCAACACAACAAAAGAUCAUCAACGACAAAGACAAAGUUAGCAUUUCACAACAAUCAUCACAACCACGAGAUAUCAAGGGGAAGGGCAAAGCUGAUAUUUCACAGCAAUCAUCACAACCAUUAGAUAUCAAGGGGAAGGACAAAGCUGAUAUUUCACACCAACAACAAUCAACACAACCACCAGCAUCCUCACAACGAGAAAAGGAACCCACACCUAUCCCUAAUAUGGAUUUCGAGAUUGACUUUGAUGAUAUGGACUUUGGCGGUGAUGAUUAUCAACAACCACCAUCACCCUCGCCACAACCACAACUACAACCACCACAACCCUCAAGUGAUGUUGAUCAUGGAGAACAUGUUGCUUCAAGUAGCCGAGAUAAUGUACUCAGUGAAGAUAAUGCAAGCAUACCAGAACAAAGGCGCCUGGAUCCUAAAGCGUUGAUACAAGUACAUUCAGAAGGACGUUUUGGCAAUCAAAUAUUAGCUGCGGCGGAUGAAGCGAUGCCUGGAGAGCCAACCGGUCUACGUAGGCUUACACAGUUACGGCAGCUUGGCAAAAUCAUGUUUAGAAAGGCGGCUAUUCGUAUGAGCAAAGAAACGGAAGAGCGGUUGGGUGUCAUAUCCGAUGCAUUUUACAAGCAAGCUACCGAUGACUUGGCCACGUAUGCCAAACAUGCUAAAAGAAACACGAUCAAAAAGGAGGACGCGAUCAUGUUGCUUCGUCGGCAAGAGCGGUUAACGGAUGACACCCCAAUUGAGGAAUUGGCACACAAGUACCUUCCUAGAGAAUUGUGGGACGAGUUUUGUGUGUCUGCACUUGCAUACAACGAGCUUUAUCCAAAGGAAAAGAGGCAUCUUUAG